AUGUUGGACAAAUUGUCUGGUGCUUAUGCUCCAAGACCAUCUGCUGGUCCACACAAAUUGAGAGAAUCCUUACCAUUGGUUGUUUUCUUAAGAAACAGACUUAAGUAUGCCUUAAACGGUAGAGAAGUCAAGGCUAUCUUGAUGCAACAACAUGUUAAGGUUGACGGUAAAGUCAGAACUGAUCCUACUUUCCCAGCUGGUUUCAUGGAUGUUAUCAGUUUAGAAGCUACCAAUGAACACUUUAGAUUAAUCUAUGAUGUUAAAGGUAGAUUUGCUGUUCACAGAAUUUCUGCUGAAGAAGCUGCUUACAAAUUAGGUAAAGUUAAGAAGGUCCAAUUAGGUAAGAGGGGUGUUCCUUAUGUUGUUACCCACGAUGGUAGAACCUUGAGAUACCCAGAUCCAUUGAUUAAAGUUAAUGACACCGUUAAGAUUGAUUUAGCCACUGGUAAGAUUUCUGACUAUAUUAAGUUUGAUCACGGUAGAUUAGUUAUGGUCACUGGUGGUCGUAACUUGGGUAGAGUUGGUAUUAUUGUCCACACUGAAAGACACAAUGGUGGUUUCGACUUGGUUCAUAUUAAAGAUUCUUUAGGAAAUGAAUUCGUUACUAGAAUGACUAAUGUCUUUGUUAUUGGUGCUGAAGCCGGCAAGCCAUAUGUAUCUUUACCAAAGGGUAAGGGUAUUAAGUUGUCUAUUUCUGAAGAAAGAGACAGAAGAAGAGCUCAACAUGGACCAUUUGUUCUUCAUGCUGAUGUUGAGCAUUUUGAAUAUAUUCGUGGGAAAACUCCAGAAGAAAGUUCAGAAUCAUAUAUGGAAAGUCAUGAACAGCUUGUUGCUAAAGAAUGUCAGAAGAGAUAUUUGGAGAUAUUUUAUGAUGUUGAGAAAUUAAUUGAACAUACAAUUUUCAUUGAUGAACUUAAUGAUCAAAAUCCCGAUAGUCAAUCUAGAAGUAGAUUAAGAAAAUUAGUUCCAUCUUUGGGGAGGUUUUUCACUUCUUUGCCGUUGGCCGAUGCAUUCUUAUUGGAAGAUGAGCGUAGAGCUAUUUCGAAAAGAAGAUUGGUAAGUCCUUCGUUUAAUGAUGUUCGUAUGAUCUUAAACACCGCGCAAAUAAUGGCACUCACUAGGCUACACAAAGCGCAGCAAGAUCAGCUGUUAAAGCUAGUCACUUUUGAUGGGGAUGUUACAUUGUAUGACGAUGGUAAAUCAUUGCGUCAAGAUGAUGCUGUUGUAAGUAGGUUGGUAAAGUUAUUAUCUAUGGAUUUAUUUGUUGCUGUUGUCACAGCCGCAGGUUAUCCGGGCCAAAGUGGUGCUGAGAAGUACUAUGAAAGAUUAAAAGGAUUAAUUGAUUAUUUCAAUUCUGAGGAUUGUGCAUUAAACCCAAAGCAGAGAGAAAACUUUAUGGUUAUGGGAGCAGAAUCAAAUUAUCUUUUUAGAUACAGCUGUGACUUUAAAGGAUUGAAAUUCAUAUCCACUGAUGAGUGGUUAUUACCAAGAAUGAGGGAUUGGGAUAAAGAUAAGAUUGAUUAUAUUAUUUCAACAGUCCACAAGCACUUGACUCAUUUAAGAUCUAAAUUUGAUAUAGAAAAAACAACAAGCAUUGUGAGAAAGGAACGAUCAGUAGGUAUUAUACCAAAUGAGGGUUGUAAAAUCUUAAGAGAACAAUUGGAGGAAAUGGUAUUAUCUUGCUCCAACAAGCUUUCGAUUAUUCUUAGAAAUGCCACAACAUAUGUCAGUCCAUCAGAAGCUUUUUGUAGUAGUGAUAUAGAGGUCUGUGCAUUUAAUGGUGGUAGUGAUGUCUGGGUCGAUAUUGGAGAUAAAGCACUUGGGGUUGAAUCAUUACAGAAAUAUCUCUGUCGUGAUGACCAGCCCAAAAAUUGUCCAAUUGGAAAAGCGGAAAGUUUGCAUAUUGGGGAUCAGUUUGCAAGCAUAGGUGCCAAUGAUUUCAAGGCAAGAAUGGCAGCUUGUACCGCGUGGAUUGCAAGUCCUCGUGAAACCGUGGCAAUCUUGGACGAUUUGAUUGAAUUUUCGCUGUGA